AUGGACCGACACUAUUCAACCCUGGAGCUCGUCAGACAUCAUGAGGCUGCUGGAGCUCCAGAACUCGUAAAACACGAUGAGACUGCUAAUGCUCCAGAACGUGACCACGAUGCGACAGCCUUUGAGCUCGAUGCAGGCGCUUUGGCGCCUCAGGCUGUACCUGAUACAACACCACAAGUGUUCUACGAUACCUCAUUUCCUGAAGCCCACAUCGAGGAGUCUACUAAGGAGCGCACUCCCAGCCAUCAUAUCACCAAGCCUGUGCUCAAGUGGCCAGUUGUAGUGGUGGCCCCGCUGGCGUCGCCAAAUCUUAACAUCACACCUACUAUACAACUCAUACUGAAUGAUACCUCUUUGGCAGCUUUUUCUCUCGCCAAUGGCGAUCGGCAAUUAUUUUUCCAGGACAAUACUGGUCUCAUCAGACGUGCGAUUCGUACUGCAUCAAACAGCCAAUGGAACACGAGCUCAAAUCUGGGCGUCGACUGGGCAUCAGACGCGAAGAACCGCACGCCGCUGGCAGUCACUGUCACUGACCCCUUGAACGACUCGGAGACGCAGGUUACGGUAUACUACGUCUCAGAAAAUUAUUUUUUGAGUGGAACGUUAUUUGAUGGUUUAGGUUGGACUCAAGAUCCAACAUUGGGAAACUACAGCACCGCGGUAGAUACGCGGUCACUGUCCACUACCACGAUAAGAAGCGGAUCAUCUGAUACAAAUGCUACCACAAACUCAGCUCUUCUAUAUUAUGAGAAUGCGGAUGGCAAAGUUGCAGCGCUGUUGCAGCGUAUAACAGACACAGUUAAUCAGGAUGGGCAGUUUGGGCGGUCCACUCAAUGGGUCGACAUCACCAGUCAACAAAGCAAAUCUCUACCGAAUGAAUUCCGUAACGUUCCUGAUUCCGAAUACAGCAAUACCUUGUAUGAGUCAGUCAAAAAGUCAGUCAUCAAUGCUACAUUCAGCACUCCCUUCACUAGUGGAGCAAACUUCUUUGGAUGUACCAUAGGAGCGCUGUUCUACUCGCCGCCUGCCGCUUCGCUAGUAAAUGGCGGACGUGUCGUCUCUAGCGCCGCUAUUCUGUCGAGUCUUUACACGAUCGGCCCCAACGGCCCCGGGAAUUUCAGCGAAGGUAAUGAUGAUGAUUGGAACGACACACAAGAUUAUACUUCGAUCCACCAGUCAGAUGUUGCAGUGUUUGGCUCGUACUUUGGUAUCUGGAUCAACGGCACGCAGCCAGCGAUAAUUGAUAUCGCGAAUGGCAAUUCAGACAUACUUGUAGAUGGAAUGCCAGUCAACGGGUUUCCUUUCGCACCAAACAACGCGUUUCCUUUCGCAAGGCUUGCUAGUGUAACCUCGGCUGACCAAUCGACCACUUUCCUAUACCAUCAAAUGAACGGCACGACGUUUGCUGAGGAGCAGUGGGACGCCUCAUUGAAUGCUUGGAUUCCCACGGAGUAUAUAACUGUAUCGGAUCAUUAG